AUGUCACUAGGGAUUCCUCAAGCUGGACCGUCGAGGAGCCGAACGCCGAGCUUGUACUUGGGGCAGAAGGAAGGAUCGAUCAGGUCACGAAGUCGCGGGCUAUCACCAAGUAGUACAGGAAAUUCCACCUCUUCUCUAUCGCCUUCGUUAUCUUCUUCCCCAAGCCGGGAAAUCCAGCCUGAGUCGGUCGAGCAGAACGGGACGGGAACCGAAGCUGGGGGUUCGAAUCUCGCUGAUGCUAGGAUAGGCUUGAAGAGGUUGAUCAGCCGGGAUCUGACUACGAACCCGAUCUCAAAACCGACUUUGUCUCCAACUCUAUCGCCAAACAUCUCGGGAAAUGGCGAGGCAAAGGGUACCGAUAGGGGUAUGGUUUUGGGCAACGGGAAGGGUAAAGAGAGGGAAGUUGGAUUUUCUCCUCGCCGGUAUUACAUCCUGACUCAUGCGGGGAAACCGGUCUUCGAUUCCCUAGAAGUCGAAGAAGACCAAACGACAAACAUGAUGGGCGUCAUCCAAGCGCUCAUCUCCAUCUACGCGGAAUCUGAGGAUAAACUCCGCUCGAUAAAGCGGGGGAGGCAUAAGAUCGUCUUCCUGCUCCGCUCACCGGUUUAUCUGUUCGGUACUUCGGACUGGGGAGAACCGGAUUUUGUCCUGAGGACGCAUCUGGAGCUUUUACAUUUGCAGUUGCUAUCCAUCGUAACCGAGGUACAACUGAAAAAGGUGUUCGCCAGGCAAAGCAACUUCAAUUUGCGGCGUCUGUUGGAAGGCACCGAGACAUCUCUCCAUACUCUCUUAAAUGAUAUGCAGAUGGACUUGACGUUCAUGACUUCGGCUCUACAGCCUAUGAGGAUGGCACCAGCGCUGAGGGAUGCAGCUGGGCAAGCUUUAGCGCCCACCGACAAGAUCAGCGAUCUUCUGUAUGUCUUAUUGCUGGUCAAUGACAAGGUCGUCACGCUGCUCAGACCACGGAAACAUUCUAUACAUCCAACCGAUCUACAUCUUCUCAUGAACGUGCUCCGAUCGUCCCCAGGCCUAAAAUCAUCAGAAACAUGGCUUCCCCUCUGUCUACCCAAAUUCAAUCCCAACGGGUUCGUUUACGCCUUGAUCGAUUACGUCAAGGAUAACAUCGGCUUGAUAUUUGUUAGUGCGGAUCGGGAGGGGUUUGAGCCGCUCCAGGCAUGGAAGAAGAGCGUGGUCAAGAAAUUGGAAAUGGACAACAUGUUCAGCAAACUAGAGAUGGCUGGUCUGGCGGAUCCCUAUCUUUGCAUCGAUCCGGGUUAUCCAGGGCUGCGGCAUUUCUGGUAUAAAUCUCGUCAGAACGUGCAGGUCACGAUGCCAGUGUGGGAAGCGCCGUACGACGAGCCAAAUCUUGCUAGGCGGCGGCUGGUGACCAUAUAUCAACGUCUAUACGAUGGGAUACAUGCGCGAUCAGGCCAAGCGGAACCGCUGAAACAAGCUUUCAUCCGAACCGAUUCAGAAGCAUGUUUGGGUUGGAUCACUCCAUCGUUCGAGCUAUAUGUGGCGGUAGACGCUCAUCUGCCGAAAAGCGCGGCUGUAGCAGCGGCAAAUGCAGUCGCAAGAUGGGUCCGGAAACAGGAGGCAUGGAUGUUCUUGAGAGAAGCUCCGGUGUUUUAG